AUGGGCAACGUAUCCUCCACUGCCCAGGGUUAUUCUCCUGGCAGUUCAACGCAUCUGCGUAAUCCAAGCCUUGCCCCUCACCACAAUCGCUACACCGUAAAUGAUUUCAACCUAAAUUCACAGUUUCUGGAGGAUAUUUUUGUGAAUCAACAAGAAGAUUUUACUUCUGAGAUUCCUGACGAAUGUUUAGCUUUGAUCUUUCAAUCUUUAAGCUCUCGCGACAGGACCCAGUGUUCUUUGGUAUGUCGACGGUGGCUCGUGGUAGAGGGCCAGAGCCGCCACCGCCUCUCCCUUAACGCGACCGUGGAGGUCAACUCGCACCUCCCUGCUAUCUUCACGCGGUUUGAUUCCGUCACGAAGCUAUCUCUUCGCUGUGACCGUAAAUCCGCUAGCAUAGAUGAUGAAGCUUUAACCUUGAUCUCUAGGCGGUGCCAGAAUCUCAUCCGCCUCAAGCUCCGUGGCUGUCGCGAAAUCUCUGAUGAAGGAAUGUAUGCUUUGGGGAAGAAUUGCAAAUCCCUCCGCAAAUUCUCCUGUGCAGGAUGCUCGUUUGGAGCUAACGGCAUGAACGCCUUUUUAAACAAUUGCUCAUCCUUGGAAGAACUUUCCGUUAAGCGUUUACGGAGUACCAGUGAUGACUUUGCAGCUGAGCUGAUAGGCCCUGGAGCCGCGGCUUCCUCGCUCAAAUCAAUUACCCUUAAGGAGCUUUAUAGCGGACAGUGUUUUGGGCCCUUGAUUAUUGGGUCCAAAAACUUGAAAACUUUGAAGAUUCUCAGGUGUUUGGGGGACUGGGAUAGGUUGUUGGAGACUAUUGCAGGGAGAAAGAAUUGUUUGACAGAGAUUCAUUUGGAGAGGCUGCAGGUGAGUGAUAUUGGGCUAAUGGCGAUAUCCAAGUCCCCGGACUUGGAGAUCUUUCACUUGAUGAAGGCUCCGGAUUGCUCGAAUGAGGGGAUUUGUGCAGUGGCUGAGAACUGCAAGCUUUUGAGGAAGCUCCAUAUUGAUGGGUGGAGGACUAAUAGGAUAGGCGAUGAGGGGUUGAUUGCCUUAGCGAAGAAUAGUGUGAAUCUCGUGGAACUGGUUCUUAUUGGAAUCAACCCGAGUUCUGUAAGUUUGAAGGCUAUAGCCACAUAUUGUCAGAAAUUGGAAAGGUUGGCACUUUGUGGGAGUGAAACAAUUGGGGAUCCUGAGAUUUCAUGUAUCGCGGAAAAAUGUAUGGCCUUGAAAAAGCUUUGCAUAAAGGGUUGUCGCGUGACAGAUUCAGGGAUUGAGUCAUUCGCAUUUGGGUGCCCUAAUUUGGUGAAGAUAAAGGUUAAGAAGUGUAGGGGAGUAACUGGUGAAGUUGCGGAUUGGUUGAGGGCAAGGAGGGUGUCACUGGCUGUGAAUUUGGAGGCAGUUGAGAUUGAACCAGAGGCUAUGGACGUGAGUGCCAGUGAUGAAGGAGCGCAGGAUGAUGGUGCGGAAUUCCCGUCCAUUGUGAGUGGAACUGUAAUUGGUGGUGGUGGAAAUGUUAAUGCAGCAGCAGCUGCUGUUCCAUCAACUAGUAAUGGAGGUCGAUCCUCGAAUAAGUCAAGAUUUAGCCUUUUUGCUGGAUGGACUUUCGUUGCAUGUGCUUUUCGGAGGUUAUCAAAUGGUAACAGUAGUUCAAAUGAUAGCUUAUAG